AUGUCCCCCAGCUCUCCCCUUAUCGCCAUCACCGGUAUCAAUGGCUUCAUCGCUACCGAGGUCGUCCUCCUCUUCCUCGCUCGAGGCUGGAACGUCCGCGGCUCUGUCCGUGCCUCCACCCAAGCCGAAAAGCUCAAGAGCCUUCCCGCCUAUGAAAAGUACUUUGCCAGCGGCCAGCUUGAGGUGGUGGUAGUGGAGGAUUUGGCCAAGGCCGAUUUUACCGAGCUGUUCCAGGGCGCGCAUGCUGUGGCGAGCCUCGCGGCGCCUCUCCCCAAGCUUGGUGAUCCCACUCUUACUUGGAGCGACUUUAAGGGUCCUACUAUCGCCCCUGUGCUGAGGAUCCUCGACUAUGCCAAAAAGUCUACCACAAUCAAGAGUGUCGCUCUCAUGUCAUCUUCCGGCUCCUCCCUCAGUUUGGAACAGGAACCCAACAAGGUCUACACCGAGGACGACUGGACGCCUUACACUGAAGAGUAUUGCGACAACCCUAUGGCCUCUGUCAUCUGGUACUUUGCCGCCAAAAAGUUUGCCGAGGAGGCUGUUAUGAAGUGGCAGGAGACUGAGAAACCUUCCUUCGCUAUCUCUACUUUCUGUCCUCCCAUGGUCUACGGCCCUGCACACUAUAUCGCCUCCCUCGCCGAUCUCAAGGCUCUCAAAGGCUCCACCGACGAAUUCCUCAACCUUUUUAUCGGUAAAGACCAGCCCUUCCCAGGACAGUUUUCAAAGACCUUUGUGGAUGUUAGGGACGUUGCGGAGGCAUUUUAUCUUGGUAUCACCAAGGAGGUUUCGGGCAAGUAUUUGGUUUCGGGACAUGAUUACUGCUGGCAAGAGCUUGCGGACAAGCUCAGGGAACUCCGACCCGACUUGGACGCUUACUUCCCGCUUGGAGAGCCUGGGACGCGGAUUAAGGGAGAGUGGACUAUGGAUGCUAGCAAGUCCAAGAGAGAGCUCGGUCUUGAAUACCGCUCGACUGAGGAGACUUUGAAAGGUACUAUCGAUCUCUUUGAGGGCCUUGGGCUGUUCAAGGAGGCACCCCUUGGAGCGAAGACGGCGUAG